AUGGUCCCUUCACCUGGGUGUAACUGUGAGAAGUCAAAAGAUUUUGUGAUAUAUUUACAAAGAUUAAAAGUGUAUCAAUUUCUAAUGGGGCUUAAUGACACUUAUGCACAAGCUAGGAGUCAUAUUUUAAUGAUGACACCAUUACCCUCAGUAAACCAAGUAUACUCUAUGAUGAUGAGUGAUGAAAGCCAAAAGGCAGUUGCACAAGUAGUGAGCAAUGCAGGUUUACUUGGUAUAGCACCAUCUGGUGUGCAGGACUCAAUUGUUAUGUACUCUAAAGCUGUCCCUCAGAAAGGAAAAAGAAAUUACUACAAUCCUAACUACAACCCAAAUGCCUUCUGUGAUCAUUGCAAGCUUAAAGGACACUUUAAGAAAGAUUGCUACAAACUAGUAAGGUACCCUCUAGAUUUCCCUAGAUACAAUAAGCACAGAGGAGGUAAUGACAACAAAGGGUACACAUAUAGGAAUCAAGAUGGUAGAAACUAUGAUCACAGGGACAAGCAGAGAAGAACAGGUCCUAGGGCACACAAUGUGAUAGCUAAAGAAGGGUGGAAUGGUCAAACUCUGUCUCAAACUAGUGGAUAUCCUCAGAGUCAACAAGGACAAAUGAACAACUACAACAUACAGCAAGGGAAAAUGCAUGCUCAUAAUGUGUCUAACACAAAAGCAGGAAACAUAGUCUUACUAACCAAUGCAGGAAGCAUUGUUUUGCCACCUAAGUUACACAAGAACAGUGUGAGCAGAUUUGCAAAAUGGUGGAGCAGAAUCAAGGCACCAUGAUUUUUGCUAAUUCAGUGAAUGUAUCAGGAUCUCUACAAUGGAAAGGGGAAGGAGAUUGGUAGAGAAUGGGAUGGAUUAUACUUCCUAGUCAACUCAAGGCUACCUGGAACUAAGAAAAAUAGUUUUCAUAUAUCUGCUACUAAUGCUGCUACAUCAGCUACUAUGAGACUAAAUAAAGGAGAUAUCAGCAUGUGCCAUAAGAGGCGUGGACAUCUUCCAUCCAACAUCAUACUCAAGCUGUUUCCUGGACAUAAAGCUCAUGUAAUUGACAUAAUAAAUAAAUGUAGUGUGUGUCCUAAGGCUA